AUGCACCCCGUCGGCCGAAAGCGUCGGGUCACCACCUGCCUGCCAUGCUACACCCGGAAACAGAAAUGUAACCGCCAGUAUCCCUGCAACCACUGCACCCGACGGCGCCGACCCGAGGAGUGUGUUUAUCGGCUCUCCCCGGCCGAACCCCCCUUGCGUGGGUCACUAGGAGGAAAUGCUCCCAGGAGCCGAUCACUCGAGAAUGCGCAGGAUGGCAGCCAGCCUGACGGGCUCCCUAUGAUCUCUCCGUCGGAGGGGAGUCGCUCGGAUAGCCCUCACUCGGGCUUGGCCAAGUCGUUUGGGUAUUUCGAGGAUAGUGCGUCCAAUACGAUGGCUUUGCUCAAGAAUUUGGAGCUGGACAGCGAACGCGAUAUGAUCAGGCCGCAAGAGGUGAUAGCAGCAUCUUCCCGGGAGACUAUCACGCAAAAUCUUGAGCGGAUGCCUUCGCGCCAGAUUCUGGACCUUCUGGUGCAAUACUUUGUUGAUGAAUUGAAUUGGAUGAAACAGGUCGUCCACGCCCCCAGCUUUGUGGCGCAAUAUCAGAAAUGGUGGGCCAAGGACCGAUCGUUCUCAGUGGAUGCUGCAGAGUUCGCAGCCCUUAUUCUCCGGAUCUGCGUGUAUGCCGUUCAAUUUCUUCCAUCGCCAUCCCAUCCAAUCGAUCAGCUGUGCGGAAAAUCCCUCUCGGAGAUUCACGACGCCUGUAACACUAUCAGCGACAACCUGGCUAAAGCUUGUGUUUCACUUGACUGGAAGGGCUCUCUCGUUCGUGUCCAGCACCUUUUGUUCGAUGCACUAACCUCCUCGUGCCAAGGGCGAACCGAUCAAUUCUGGGAGGGCAUCGCCUCGGCCUCCCGAGCAGCUCAGAAGGCUGGAAUCCACACCGAUACUCUUGUGCCUGUGGACGAGGGCAAUCAGAGGUUAGAGAAAGAGCUGCAACGGAGGACAUUCUGCAGUCUUUAUGUUCUUGAUAGUCAUCUCGCCCGACAACUUGAUCGGGUUCCAUUCCUCCCCGACAGUCUGGUAGCAGAUGUGUUGCCCCAGUUGCAUCUUACUCCCGAUAUAGGUAGCUUGCACAUCGACAUCAAUGCGCCCGAGGCCUUUACCGAACGUCUCAUGCAAGUGCAGCUGGGCAGGUUCUGGAGAAAUGUCGGGAGGAGGCGAAGUGAAGUGUACGAUCCCACCCAGGGCGAAAACCGAUACGAGAGGUUCUGCGCCGAAUAUAUUCGAACCCUCCCAUCCGCACUUGCUCUGCGGCCAGAUAAAAGGUGGGAUGAUCGACUUCCAAAAUUGCCCAUGCAGAGGCAACUGCUCCAUAUUGCCAUAUUCGACUCGGUCUGCUGGAACUUUCGACCGUUGCUGCUGCUCAAACCAAGUCAGGUCGCCAGUCUGCCCGCCUACAAGAAGGUCCUGCUCCAAUCACAGAAAAGCCGGCUGGCCCUGGCUGCCAUGAAGGAGCUGGAAGCGGUCUCGACUCUACAUGCCUUGUUUGGUGGGGCGCAUACGCGGUUUGGCGCCAUCAUCUUCAACACGUUCGAGGCCGCCGUUCUGCUCUUGAUUCUAUGCUCCGAGACAGACUUCAACACAGAUCAAGGGGAAGACACAGAUAUCCUGGGCUUGAAGGUUGACAGACCCACUUGGGGAAAGGCGAUGCAUGCGGCCGAGGAGGCUCUCAGCCGGCUUCAAAUCCUCGCAGAAGUCAGUGAUAUGGCUGCCUCUGGGGUGCGGGCCGUGUCGCAACUCGUCAUCAAAGCGACUAGGAGUAGGGUGUUGUCUGAACCAGCGACACCUGCGGAAUCGACCCGUAACAGCUCAUCUCCAGACACGUUCUCCAAUCUGCUAGGUAUGAAUGAUGGCUCGCAGCCCUGGAUUUCCGAGGACUGGAAUACGAGCUUGAUGACGGACUUGCUUCCGACGACAGGUGAGGAUUCAUUCCCUGAGCUACAGCCUCUUUUGUUGGACUCGUAUCUCCCUUGGAAU